AUGGGAACGGCGGCGGACGCGGAGUGGCUGCGCUGGGUGAGCAAGAAAUUUGGGAAUGUCGCUGGGAAGGAGAAGGAAAUCAGCCUGGAAGAGUUCAAAUCCGCCCUGCAGGUCAAGGAGUCCUUCUUUGCUGAGAGGUUUUUUGCGCUCUUCGACUCCGACGGAAGCGGCUCCCUGAGCCGGGAGGAGCUGCUGGGAUCCCUGCGCCGGCUGCUCUGCGGGAAUUCCACCGAAAAGCUCAGAUUCCUCUUCCAGGUGUACGAUGUGGAUGGGAGCGGCUCCAUCGAUGCCGAGGAGCUGCGGGUGGUGCUCCGGGGGUGUCUCCGGGAGAGCUCCCUGGCCCUUCCCGAGGAGCGGCUCGGGGCACUGAGCCAGGCCCUGCUCCAGGCCCUGGACCGGGACCACAGCGGCUCCAUCACCUUCCCGGAGCUCCGGGAGCAGCUGGAAGCAUUCCCGGAACUCCUGGAGAACCUGAGCAUCAGUGCUGCCAGCUGGCUGAAGCCCCCCAGUCCCACCCGCGGGGAUCGGCGGCCCGGGAUGUGCCGCUGUUCCCGGGAACCCCACGAUGAUCAGCGGGCCCGGCUGUGCUGCCUGGGGGCCUGGGUCGCCGCCACGGCGCUCCUGCUCGCCCUGGGGGCUCUGUGGCACCGGGAGCGCGGCCCGGCCCUGGCGCUGGCCCGGGGCUGCGGGCAGAGCCUCAACCUCAACUGCGCCCUGCUGGCCGCGCUGAUGCUGCGGCGCUCUCUGACCUGGCUGCGCUCCACGCCGCUGGCGGAGCUGUUCCCGCUGGAGCUGCACGUGCGGGGCCACGAGCGCGUGGGACACCUGGUGCUGGCCCUGGGGACCGCGCACGCGGGGGCACACCUGGCACAGGCCGGGCUGGCACGGCGGGACUGGCUGGUGGCCCUGGGCGAGUACGUGCGGCGGGCGCGGCCGGGCGCCGGUGGCGUUGGUGGCGUUGGUGGCACUGCCCCGCAGAGCGGGCUGGCGCUGCUGGCGCUGCUCCUGGCCAUGCUCGCCUGCUCCAGCCCCUGCGUGCGCCGCGGCGGCCACUUCGAGGUGUUUUACUGGAGCCACCUCUCCUACAUCCCCGUGUGGCUCCUGCUGCUCCUGCAUGGUCCCCACUUCUGGAAGUGGUUCCUGAUUCCCGGCUCCCUCUUUGUGCUGGAGAAGGUUCUGGGCUGGGCGUGGCGCCGGGCAGGGGAUCUGCACAUCCUGGAGGCCAAACUGCUGCCCUCCAAGGUGACCCACCUGGUGAUCCAGAGGCCGAAAUCCUUCCGCUUCCAGCCGGGGGAUUACGUGUACCUGAACGUGCCGGCCAUCGCCGCCUACGAGUGGCACCCCUUCUCCAUCAGCAGCGCCCCGGAGCAGCCAGAAACCCUCUGGCUGCACAUCCGGGCGCGGGGCCAAUGGACCACCAAGCUCUACGAGUACUUCCAGCAGCUGGAAUUGCACGGCCUGGAGCCAAAUCCACCCGGGAAGAGCCGCAGGGAGCGGAGGAGCCGGCACUGGGAACAGCCCCUGGAAGUGCUGGAUCUGCCCCUGGAAGUGCUGGGUCUGUGCCAGUGCUUCCUGGACGGUCCCUACGGAACGCCGAGCCGGCGGAUCUUCACCUCGGAGCACGCCGUUCUCAUCGGGGCCGGCAUCGGGAUCACCCCCUGCGCCUCCAUCCUGCAGAGCAUCAUGAUCCGGUACCGGCGGCGGAAGCAGAGCUGCCCCAGCUGCCGUUUCUCCUGGAGUGAGGAACGGCGGGAUGAGGAGAUGACACUCCGGAAGGUGGAUUUCAUCUGGAUCACGCGGGAGCAGCAGCACCUGCAGUGGUUCCUGGGCCUCCUGGCCAAGCUGGAGGCGGAGCAGGCGGAGCUGGAGCCGGGAGGGAGGUUCCUGGAGCUGCACCUGUACAUGACCUCGGCGCUGGGCAGGGGCGAUGUGAAGGCGCUGGGGCUGCAGCUGGCCCUGGACCUGCUGGCGGCGCGGGAGCAGCGCGACUCCAUCUCCGGGCUGCGCUGCCGCACCCAGCCCGGCCGCCCCGACUGGGACCAGGUGUUCGCGCGGGUGGCGGCGGAGCGGCGCGGGGCGGUGGCGGUGUUCCUGUGCGGCUCCGCGGGGCUGGCCCGGGCCAUCCGCGGGCACUGCCGCCGCUUCGGCUUCCGCUUCCACCGGGAGAACUUCUGA